GUCAAGUCGUUAGAGAGUUGUGCGGAGAAAUGGAAAAUGUGGAAAUUGAAUGCCAGACUUCCUCACUUGGUGGGCUGACUCGGAAUUUUCUGGAAGAAUUUUAUCGUUCGGCACGAGGUAUGGAUCCAUUAACAGGCCCUGCUCCCAAACGCCGUGUCACAAAGAAGGACAAAGAGAGCGGAAUUGUAGAAGGGACGCCGCUGCCUUCAAUAUCUAUUGUGUUUCCUACAGAAUCAACCAUCAGAGAAUCAACAUACGGUCCUGCGGGGGCAUCAACGAUAUGCUUUUCACGAAAGCAUUACAAUAGAGACACAUUUCCAAAGAGUUUACUAAGAGAUUGUAUAUCUGAAAGAAGUGGGACGUUGAUGCACACAAAGUUUAUACUUGCCAGAAAAAUUCAAAAAGACGAUGAAGAUCAAAGCGCCGCAGUUAAAAAUGAAGGAGAUGGUGAAGGAGUUGCAAGUGAUAAAGUUGGAUGGUUUUAUUGCGGAAGUCAUAAUUUCACCGAAGCAGCAUGGGGAAAGAUAACAAAUUCACGAACUAACGGACAACAACAAUUAAGAAUAAGUAAUUGGGAAUUGGGUGUCGUGUUUCCAUUGUUCAAGAACUACAAUACAUUAGUGGAGUUCAACAAGUCCGGACGAUAUAAUUUGGACGAUUGGUUCGUUCAACAUGGAGUUCCUGUUCCUUAUCAACGCCCCCUUAGAAAAUAUUCAGUAACCGAUGUUCCUUGGUUUUGCACAAUGUCUCAAGCAGUUGGCAGAACAGCACUUGCCUACGCGCGAGCGUGGCAUUUAGUAGACGCGCGAGACCGAAUACUCGGAAGACUGUCGACAAAUAUUGCAGUUACUUUAAUGGGGAAGCAUAAACCAAUCUUUGAUCCUGCUUCCGAUUGUGGAGACUACGUAGUCGUGAUAAACGCCAAAGAAAUAAAAGUGACAGGACGCAAAGCUGAACAAAAAUUGUAUCGACAUCAUACCGGGUACCCGGGUGGUCUUAAAGAGAUUCCUUAUAAACGAAUGAUGGAGACUAAACCGACAGAGAUCAUUCAAAAAGCCGUCUCUGGAAUGCUACCAAAGAACAGAUUACGCAAUGUUCGACUAGGUCGAUUGUUUAUCUUCCCAGACGAUCAACAUCCUUACGAAGGAAAUAUCAUCAAGUUUUAUGACGAAGCGUUGACGCAUAGUUUAUUUAAUGCGUCUAAAUUUCAGGAUGCUAAGAAUAAUAUAACAGAUAAUAAUGACAACCCUAGCAAGGAUGACAAUAUUAACAGGAAUAAGAAUGAUAUUAUUAACGGUAAGGGUAAUAUUACUAACAGUAAGAAUAAUAUAAUCAGUAAGAAGAAUAAUAUAAUUAGCGGUAAAAAUAGUGUGAAUAAGAGAAAUUAUGGUAGUAAAAGUAAUAGUAAUCAUGAUUAUCAAGAUAAUUACAACCAUCAGGAUGAUUAUGACUAUCAAGGCGACCAACACCGCUAUCAGGAUAAGAAGAAUUAUCUUAAAAAAGAGCAAAGAGGAGGGGGAGGGUUUGAAGACGAUUUCUCAUCAAAAGGUCAAAAAGCCAAAAGAUAG